AUGGGGGUUCAAGGUUUAUCUACAUUCGUGAAGGGAAAGCCAAGUCUAGCGGAAACCGUAGUUUUUGAGCAAGGGAGCUCUCGUGUGAAAGAGGUGUUGGUGGUGGAUGGCUACUCCUUCUUCUAUACUUUGCAGACUCAAUGCGGAAUCCCUUGGGUUUAUGGAGGAGAGUAUGGCGCGCUCAAAAGCGCUGUUGGACGGGUGUGCAGGGCGUGGCUGUCCGUCGGUCUUACCCCACAUUUUGUCUUUGACGGUCCUGCAUCGGAGAUAAAAUUUCCAGUUGUGAGGAAAAGAAUACAGCAGACUCGUAUACAUGGCGCCAACCUCUUCUUCAGGACAUCAUCGGUUUCUCGAUCUUCCUCUAGCUUUCUGAGCGCGCAUAGGAUUUCCGUCCCAUUUGCCAAAGACGCCUGCCUCUCCGCGAUCAAGGAUCUUUAUUCUGAAGGAGUCCGUUACUUCAUAUGCGACGGCGAAGGGGAUCCUGACUGCGUCGCUUUGGCUGCCAUCCACAACGGAUAUGUGUUGGCGCAAGAUUCCGACUACUAUAUCCUGAAUGCCCACCACAAGGGAUACAUACCCUUUGACGAAGCAGUUUGGAUUGCAACGCCAGAUGAUUCAGAAUCAAUCCUGGAUGAUGAUGGAUUCCAAGGGGCCCGUUUGAAGAAGCCCAAAGCCACGCGUCAACUGUCCGGCCCAUGCCUCAAUCCGCCUCAAAAUUUCGAUGUUUUCUCUGUUUCUGUCUACCAUCCAGCGAAGCUCGCUGAAACCCUUAGGAUCAGUCAUGGACUCCUUCCUCUCAUGUCCUCCCUUCUUGGCAACGACUUCACCCCAGACUUCACUUCCACAUUUUUCCCAAGGUCCAUGUCGGUUCCUGACCGUGUCCACAGAGUUGCUUCUGUCAUUCAUGAUAUUUUUAAUCCUACCAAGAAGCCUCAUAGACGCAAGGCCCCUUGGUUGCAAAGCGAAGGAGGCGACAACGUCUCUGCACUCAUCAACGCCGCCAUUUCAAACUUGUCGUUAAGAAAUCUCAGUGAAAAGGAGGUACUUAAUAUUUCGGACAUCAUUCGUGAUGCUAUCUUUCAAUACCUCGUUCCGGUGGAUCUACCAGGUGUCGGACCAUUCGAGAAUUUGAUCGUUAGUCCAGCCAAUGAUAGUCAGCUGCGAGUUCAGAAGUUGUUUACAAAGGCUUAUCGUGCUGGGGACUUGCAUAAUGACAUCUUGGGAUGCUAUACGUCUGCCACUACAUGGCCGCUUCCGUUUCUUGAGGACCCCGAUGUUCAAAGUCCCGCAAAUUUCAUUGGUGGAUCAAUUCGCAAGUGGAUGUACGCCGCUUUGGCUAGUGGCCUUGAUGGUAUUGGAGAUGAAGAGGAACCCGCACAUGUGGAAAGCCAGAUUGUGACUGGGGAAGACGAGGACGAACUCAUUGACGUGGUGGAGGAAAUCAGCGACGAGGAAAAUAUCGAUGAGGGUUUUGAAGGAUUAUCGCAGCACGCCGACGAGCGGUCACGGGAGGACAGCCAAGAUCCUUUGCUUGCAUUGCGUGACAAGCUCCAAAUACUUCAAAUCCACGCGCCUCUCCAUGAACGUCCCGAUGGAUUGGCAGCUGUGAAUCGGUCCGAAAUAGCGGAAUCGUUCACGUCGAGCAAUGUACCGAGGAGGACUGGUCCGCGACAUGUGACGGAGUACAUCCGUCAUGGUCUUCGCCUUGUCGCAGUGCCUGUGCGGAUCGCACCGCUUCACGAGCUCGUGUCUUCAGCAUUGGCUACAGAUGACGUUCUGCGAAGUCUUCCCAUAGAAAACCGUCACGAUGAUGACACUCACCCUAUUCAAUUGCAGUCAGUUUCGUCCCGAUUGGAAAUAUUGCUGAUGGCACUUUCCUCGAACACCUCCCGCAUGCGAGCAUUGCCUUCGCAGUGGAUCCUCCUUGCCUCCGCCUUACGUCACACGAUUAUCACCGUCUCCCUGUCCAUGUCUCACUCCACCCCUUCAAGACCUAGAUGGACGGUGUCAGAAGGACGGGCCUUCCUCCUCGCCUGUUCCCCUGCGCAAGCUAAUGGAACACAAGGGGUAGAAGUCGCCCCACCAGCGGAGCUUUCUGCGCGCUCUAUUGUACUCACCUCUCAAAUUCUUGCAGCCCUCGAAGCUGCAAACUUGCUCGCUCGGGCACUACUCCUGGGCGAUACCCAUCCCACUGAAGAUGGUACGGGGGAUUCAAUUGAUCUCUCGUCCAUUCUGCAAUUCUCUGGCUCACAAUUCCAUGCAUUCCUGGCACGGCAGCCAUCCAGCGUGGGGUAUCACGACGCGCAUUCCUCAGCAUCUUUGGGGCAAGAGAUCAGUUGUGUCCUAGAAGCAGUGAUGGAAGGACUCCUAGAGCAUGGGCACGUCGUAGGAGACACCCGCGGGGAUGCUAAGACAAGAGGAGAGGCGCGUAAGGGGAAAAGGCACAGCAUCACUGCCGAGUCUUCUAAAGGCAAAGGUGUAGGAAAGCAGAGUUUGCACGGCACAAAGCGGGGCAUGUUCGAUCUGCUUGCUAAUUUAAAUGACUUUUGAAAUGUAGAGCUGUAUUUGCGGGUCAACCUUUUUUGUUUUCUUUCCUUUUUCUUACUUGUAUUUUCACUUGCUGUCUGAUCAACUUCAGUGUUACAGUUAUCCUGAGAUCUUUCGAAUGCCCUGUCGGAUCCGUCACCUGUGAAUCGCGAACACCAAUGUAUGAUGCAGAUCAUUCCUUGACUCCUCUCACCCCGCGAGCCAGACCUCAUUGCCGUGCAAGCCUCUUGUUCGGUAUCAAAAGAUCAUAAU